GUCCGGACGCGUGGAUACAGAUGGCGCUGCAGCUGACCUUCUACCAAGGAGCCGGUCACUUUGUGUUGACACUACGAGGCGUCGAUGACUCGGUCUCUACCUGGCCGGACGCCACCGAGACCGUACGCACUCUAACUUGCGAGGCGGCCGAAUUCGUCAGGGCGAUGGUGGACGACAACGUCGCCGUGGCAACGAAGGUGGCGCUGCUGCGGCGGGCGGCCGCCGUGCACCAGCGUCUCUACAAGGACUCGAUGAACGGCAUGGGAAUCGACCGACAUCUGUUCGGACUCUACGUCGUAGCGAAGGGACUCGGAUACGACUCCAGCUUCCUGGGUAAGGUUCUGUCACGUCCAUGGACGAUGUCCACCAGCCAGCAGCCACAAACACAGAUCACGACAUCACCAGACCCAAACCUACCCUUCUUCAAGGAUAAGAUGUGCCCCGGCGGGGGUUUCGGACCCGUGGCCGACGACGGGUAUGGCGUUUCCUACAUGGUCCCGAAUGACGCUAAAAUCUUCUUCCACGUGUCGUCGCGCCGUUCCUGCGUGAACACAGACUCGGCAAGGUUCCAGGAUCGGUUGUUCGCGACGCUGAGCGACAUGAAGGCCCUGUUCGAGGAACCCCAGUAGCGAUGGAGGGAGCAACGCGAUGGAGGGAGCGACGCGAUGGAGAGAGCGAUGCGAGCUUGCAGUGACAGAGAUGUUUUUAUUCUAAUUUUGCCUCUCAGUGACUUUUUAUCACGAUUGCCAUUGCUGCUGCUGUCACUGCUGCUGCUGCUGCUGUCACUGCUUCUGCUGCUGCUGCUGCUGCUGUCACUGCU